UCUUCCAGUCGAGCUUGGAGCGUCUGUUUGCCCAGAAUACCACAUUCGUCGCACUACAGGUUCCGAUCGCACCACUGUCCAGAUCAGCUAUCUCAGCGAGCUCAGCGAGAUGAUAGGCAGCUGCCCCGCCCUCGCCCUCCUAUAUGGCAUUGCCCUCGUGGCGUCGAUGGGCGUGCAAUCUGCCCGAGCAGCCUACGCCGACGACUGCACGAGUCCGGGUGGCGAACAGGGUCGGUGCAUGCCCUUCUCCUCCUGCCGGAACAUCGAGGAGCGGCUCACGGAGGCCCAGAAGUCCGGACAGAAGGUGCCAGCCGACUACGCCAGCUAUCUGCAGAAGGCCUCCUGCGGCGAGUUCAAUGGAGUGCGGCAUUUUUGCUGUGCUGCCGCCCAGAUCCAGCACAAUUCCAAGGUAAUGACCCUUUUUAAGGACGAGAACUUCGACUGCGGCAACUUCCUCAGCCAGCGGGUGGCCAAUGGAUACGAGGUGAAGCUCUCCUCCAGACCCUGGAUGGCCCUGCUCCGUUACCAGCAGUUUGGCGAGUCGCGUUUCCUUUGCGGCGGAGCCCUCAUCUCUGAGCGCUAUAUCCUGACUGCUGCCCACUGUGUCCACGGACUCCAAAAUGAUCUCUACGAGAUCCGCCUGGGUGAGCAUCGCAUCUCCACAGACGAGGACUGCCGGCAGCAGGGACGCAAGAAGAAGUGUGCCCCGCCAGUUGUGGAUGUGGGCAUUGAGAAGCAUCUGAUCCAUGAGCAGUACGAUUCCCGUCACAUCAUGAACGACAUAGCACUGCUGCGCCUGAACAGAAGCGUUCCCUUUCAGAAACACAUCAAACCCAUUUGCCUGCCCAUCACGGAUGAGCUGAAGCAGCAGGCGGAGCAGAUUAAUACCUUCUUCGUGACUGGCUGGGGCACCACGGAGAAUGGCUCCUCGUCGGAUGUGCUGCUCCAGGCGAAUGUGCCCCUGCAGCCGCGAUCCUCCUGCUCCCAGGCGUAUCGGAGGGCAGUGCCCUCCAGCCAGCUGUGUGUGGGCGGUGGCGACCUUCAGGACUCCUGCAAGGGUGACUCCGGCGGACCACUCCAAGCUCCAGCCCGCUAUUUGGGUGAGUUCGCCCAGAAAAUGGUGGAGUUUGGAAUCGUGAGCCAGGGCGUUGUUUCCUGCGGACAGAUCAGCCUACCGGGUCUAUACACCAAUGUCGGCGAGUACGUCCAGUGGAUCACGGACACCAUGGCCAGCAAUGGCCUGUGAGGAGGGUCACCGUUUGUCAACAGUUUCUAGAGUGUAUCUUAGCGAUUAGUCAAACCCAAAUAUAUAUUAUACACAUAUUUGUAAACUCA